AUGUUGGGCCCAGGGGACCCAGGGAACCCAGCAGACUCUGGGCAAGUCAGCUGCGAGUCCCACUCGUUCAAUUUGAAUAAGAAGAGGAUGGUCAAACGGUUUCUCAAUAAUAUGAAACCGUAUGGAGAUAUUGAUGAGGACCUAUACGAAGCGGUUACAAAAUUCGGCAGGGAGCGCAGGCCAGGCAGGCACUGGCACGGCGUCCAGCGUUAUAGGAACGACAUCGGAAAGUGCAGGCGCUUGAGGAAGGACGUCUGCAACGAGACGCUUAUCUUUGACUUUGAUUUUGAUGCAAGCACCAGGAAACAGGAUCAUAUAACUAGUACCUCCCACACAGGAAUGCACCCAGUAUCAUCGGAAAUUUCUCUAGGCGUGUCCAUCUCGUCGACAUCCAGUGUCGAUCUAGGGUCCAUUUGUGCUGAGGAGACUACCAAUGAUAGCGAGGAUGCUCUUCUCAAGAAUUGCAACCAGCUGUUUUACUACGAUUCUCACAUACAGUCGCAACUGCAAGAAAUUGAGAAAUUUAUCAAAAAUGACAUUAUCAAGAAUGCCAUAGUGCAAGAGGAACACACUCUGGACAUGAAUCUCAUUGAGUUCGAUAAAAUGCAUCAUUUCAUACAACUCCAGAAGGAAAACAUGCUCCAGAUACAGGACGAAUUCUCAAAAACAAUACACGAAGACGAUCUAUUGACUAGAUUCAAUGAAAACGACAAGGACUCGUUCAUAUCGAGGACAAAAACAUCUCUUGAAGACUACACAAACAAGUUGGCAUUGUUAGAAAAAAGAUUUUAUGUUUGCAAGGACAAAAUCGACCAGCAUAAAGAAAAACUCAAACAUUUAGAAAUGAUACUAAGGGUUCAAGAUGCAGAACUUCAAGAAAAAUACAAUUGUAUCUUCUUCAAAUACAAAAAAGUACGUUACGUUCUAUUCGACCUCUUUUCCUUACUAUUGAUAUUUAUAUUAUUGUUCAAUUUGUAUACUUUAUAA